UAUUUUGCUGGUGUGAUGUGACGGGUGCGCUACCAAUCAGAUAAUUUGAACGCGUUGACGGCUGUGAGAGCUCAGUGCUCUACCAGACCUCGCCCUUCUGCAACCCACGUCCGCAUCGCCGACCAGAAGCAUGAGGGGCCUUCCUUGCGCACAAAAGGCUACUGCCACUCCGCGCGCUUCCCUGUCGCCGUAGCCGCCUUCCAACAGCCUCGAGCCUGCGACGUCAGGCACCACCCAAGAUCAACGCGCAAAGAGCGGAACGCUACGCCGCCGCAAUGCCAACAACCUACCUCACCACCCUCGCCGCCUUCACCGAUUUCCUCACCGCCUACGUGCACACGCUCCUCUACCUGCGACACCUCUACCCGCUCGCGUCCUUCCUUCAAGUCCGCUUCCAUAACACGCCCAUUUUCCAGUCGCGGCACCCAGAUGUCUGCCGAUGGAUCCAAGACGCCGUCGCCGCCGUGCGCGAGGAACUCCUCAAGGGCACCAUCGCGCGCAUCGCCGUUGUGGUGUUCCAUCCGGGCUACGAUGAAGGCAGUGGGAGUGUGAAGAUACUCGAGCGGUACAUGCUCGAUGUAAGCGCAUUCCCAGUAGUAACACGCGAAGAGCGCUUCAUGGACAUUGAGUGGGAGAAAAGCGAGGCAGAGAGACGCGCCGCUGAGGAAGCUGCGACAGAGGCAGAAACCGCUGGGCAUAAGGGCAAGGGCAAGGGGAAGCAGAAACCCAAGGGGCUCGAUGCAGAGGUCGAUGUCAAUCUGUCCGAGCAGUUCCGCGCUGCUUUCAUCACCCUGACCACACGCGCAUCUCAGCUCGAGCCGCUGCCGCCGGAUUGCUCCUUCAAUAUCAGCAUGGAGCUCAAAGACGAAGCCGAUGUGGACCCCCCGAUAGGGCAUCCGCAGAAGUGGGUCCCUAGUCAGCCUAGUUUACAGAAGACGGGAAGGAAGGGCGCUGUCUUGAACGACGACGAGAACCAUGGCCCAUCAGAAGGUGGCGAUCUGGGUGGUGCAAAGGUCACACCAAUCAGGACUGUAGAGGCUGGCGUGUUCCGAUUCGAAACAUGGAUCGAGGAGGGCAAGGCAAAGUUCGAAACGCAGUGGCCGGAGAUGAGCAGCAUUGAUAGUUCAGCAGGAUGAAUGGCCGGGCAAAGUGAAAGGUAUCGAAUGCCAUAACACCAUGGACAAUGACAUGAUCUGUCUAGAGCCUACGGAAUGUAUGUCACAUUGAGCGAUGUCACAGAGGCUUACUCUUGACUCUGCGUUCGUGAGUCCUACCGUGGAUCCACGCAGUGAGACAGGCGCAGUAGUGGCACCGCUGAUAGAUCUUUGAUUUGCCACCCAGCUGAGUCCAUGUACAGCACUUCGUCGCGGCUUGACAAAGUGCCCCAAGUAUCUGAUACAUUUUUGAUUGGGUAACCCUUCGGAAGAUAGGAGUCAAGCUGCGGCCACGUUGACAGAGUUGAACGA